UUAUAAUAAAUAUAAUUGUUGAACAGCAGUUAGUUAUUUUGCGUACAUCGAUCCAGUAUGUCGUGGGCUUUUUUUGUUCGGCUACUGGUGGUGAUUUCCUUGUUGAAACUGAUUUCUGGCCAUGUCGAAUUCACCAACUUCAAGUGUAAGGCUUUGGAUCAAGAGUUUUGCAAUUUCGAAUACUGCGCCAUAAAGGCGGUAAAUCGGUCCUACAAGUACCUUACAGCUAAGGUUAACCUGUACAAAGUUCCCAUUACAAGAGUGAAGGUUAGCUUUGGACUCUACAAGCGUUUCAAUGGAUAUAAGCCCUUUCUGUACAACUUUACCGUGGAUGCUUGCAAGUUUUUGAAGAACCCGAAGAGCAAUCCUGUCAGUUUCUACUUCUAUGAAUUUUUCAAGCAAGUCUCCAACAUGAACCACACCUGUCCCUUUGAUCACGAUAUUGUUGUGGAUAAGCUAACCACCGAGAACAUGAGUUACCGUUUUACGAAAGUAUUAUCAUUUCCGGAAGGUGACUAUAUGGUCGAGACUCACUGGAUUGCCUAUGACAUAACACGUGCUGUGGUAACAAUUUUCCUGGCUCUUUCCUGA